AUGGCGAUCAAGGCCAAGUACAAGGUGCACAAGAACUGGAUGGGUGAUCCGUGCUUUCCCAAGACUAUGACGUGGGAUAGUCUGAACUGCAGCUAUGCCACUGCCAGCCCUCCAAGGAUCAGAAGCAUAAAUCUGUCAUCCAGUGGCUUGAAUGGUGAUAUAUCGUCUUCGUUUGCAAAUCUCAAGGCUCUCGAAUACUUGAAUUUGUCAAACAACAACUUGACAGGCUCAAUUCCAGAUUCCCUUUCACAAUUACAGUCCUUGACAGAUAUAGAUUUGUCUAACAACCAGCUCAAUGGAUCGAUCCCCUCUGGACUUCUCAAAAGAAUUCAAGAUGGCUCCCUGAAUAUAAGACAUGGCAACAAUCCAAACCUUUGUAUCGGCGACAAUUCAUGUCAGCUUGCUGCUAAAAGGAAGAGCAAACUGGCCAUCUACAUUGUUGUCCCCUUACUUGUCAUUGUGGUGAUAAUUCUAACCCGGAUUCAUCACAAGAAUCUUGUGAAUAUGAUUGGUUACUGCAAGGAUGGGGAAUAUAUGGCUCUUGUGUGUGAGCACAUGUCACAAGGAACCCUGCAAGAACACAUUGCUGGAAGCAAUCAAAGUUUACCUUGGAGGCAGAGGCUUCGAAUCGCACUUGAAUCUGCACACGGGUUGGAGUAUCUGCACAAGGGGUGCAACCCGCCUAUUAUCCAUAGGGAUGUCAAGGCCACCAACAUCUUGUUGAAUGCUAGAAUGGAGGCCAAGGUCGCAGAUUUCGGCAUGUCCAAGGCCUUCGAUCACCACAAUGGAAAUUACAUUUCAACAAAUACAAUUGUUGGUACACCCGGAUAUGUUGAUCCAGAAUACCAGGCGACAGCGAAACCCACGACCAAGAGCGAUGUAUACAGUUUUGGUGUGGUAUUGCUAGAGCUGGUCACUGGAAAGCCGGCCAUCCUCUCAGAUCCGGAGCCCAUGAACAUUAUCCAUUGGGUCCAACAGCGUCUAGCGAGAGGCAACAUAAAGGGUGUGGUGGACGCACGAAUGCAUGGCAGUUACAAUGUCAAUGGCGUUUGGAAGGUGGCGGAGAUUGCACUCAAAUGCACUGCCCAGACAUCAACGCAGCGGCCCACCAUGGCCGACGUUGUUGCGCAACUACAGGAGUGUGUGGAGCUCGAGGAGGAGCGCACCCAUGACUUUGACAAUGGUGGCAGCAAGAAUGAUUACUCGAGCUGGAAUUAUAAUGCUUAUGCCAGUGGGCAAUCCACUGAUGUGAGCAAGAAGGCUGGAUUUGGGACGGAACUGAGGAUGCCAACGGUGGGUCUCGGUCUAGCUCCUACUACACGUUGAAAGGCGAUCUUCAUCUAAAACCAUUUAUAUAAUUCUUAUUUUCUUGAAGUCGUUGUGAGAUCGCUAAUAAUGUUGCACAUUAAGUGCAAGUGGAUAAUUUUCAGAUAAGUUGUGUGCAAUUUGUAUUUUUUUAAAGUAAGGCAUCAGAGUCCAUGUAUUUGUAUAAGU